AUGGAUCUGUCAGAGGCAUCCUUUCAAAGCACGAAUCUUCUCCUCUCAACCCCGACAUGCUCUCGCCGAAGUUCGACACACAUCUCCCGAAAGACAAGCUGGGGAACGCCAAUUCCUCCUCCAAGCCAAAGGGGUUCGAUGGAGCAACACAAAGAUGAUGCAUUUGACGAAGUUGAUCUUGAUGCCGACGAUGGAAGUUCUUCUGGCCGUGAUAGUCUUGAGCGGAAUAUUUUGGAUAACGUUACUGCAUUAGGCUUGUCAUUCAACGCAGACGAUACUCAGACCGAGAAUGUCGCCACAGGUAAUCGGUUCUCUUUGGAUGAUGCAAAAGAUGUGGAAGACUUCGUCAAUCGAUCACUGCCCUUGAACUCCGAGUUCCCAUUCAAUAGGUGGGUGAAGAAACUCGAAAGACGUGCUGCAGGACGAAGACAGACAGUAAGCUGUGAUGCGAAUGGUUCGGCUCUGGAAAAAGAGCGUCCCAACUCGCCAUCUUCCAGAGAAAAGUUGAUCCAUAAGAAGUCCUCUUAUGGCUCCUCUUUUGGAUUUGUCACAGCCGUCAAAAGUGCCAGCAUCAGCCUUGCAAGCCUCAGUAUUGCUCCACACUCGAGAAGAACGGGCAUUUCAUCCCAUCACCAGAGGACCGACCGUAGCAGCAAAGCUUCACAAGGAGGCAGACACUCUGAAGACAGUUCAUCCUUCGCUAGAGGGGUUGUUGUGGACCAGGGCGUCACAACUCGUUUGCUCCAGCGCCGUCGGGUUCUUGAAGAGUUAAUUAGCACUGAAGAGAGCUACGUUGCAGAUGUCAAAUUCCUUGCACAUGUCUACGUUACGCUUUUGGCCUCCAUCCCAAACCUUUCGUUAGCCCUUCGAGCAUCUAUCAACAGAAACCUCAAUGAGAUUAUCGAACUGCAUGAAGAACUUCUCGGCGACUUGCAUCGAGUUGUUCCGCAUUCCGAAUAUACUCAGCCAGGUUACCAUCAGUCAUCUCUAUCUUUGCUUCCAAAAGGACACCACAGAUGGCGAAGUCUCGAUGCGGUUCCCGAAAACGGCCAUGGUUCGUCUUGGCUCCAAAAAAUACCAGGGCUGACUGCAGAGCCGAGAGUCGCAGCUGAAGUUGCGCGCAUAUUUGGCAGCAAGCUGAGCCGCUUCUUUAUUUACGAGGAAUACGGCGCCAAAUACGAGUUGAUGAUCAGGGAUGCGGCUACUAUGUAUAGGACAAUACCUCAAUGGGAAGUCUAUCAGAAGGGCUUCGAAGCACUGGCCUCGUCGCUCUCUUCGAUGAACAGUCAGCAUGGUAAUUCCAAGAAGGCUCUCGCAAUUGGAGAUCUUUUGGUGAAGCCAAUCCAACGAGUGUGCAAAUAUCCGCUCCUUUUUGCAGAGCUGUUGAAGCAGACACCGGUGUGCGAUUGCCCAAAUUCUCACCUAGCUAUCGAUAAUGUCCUCCUCAGAAUUCGUGAAGCGACGACCGAAAUUAAUCGGGCAACUGAUGACCCAAGGAUGAAAGCAACGAUGGAGAAAUCAUGGGUCCUGCAAGAUCGUCUUAUUUUCCCCGACAGGCCUGAUACUCGUUCCAAAAUUGCCAUCCGCGGCCUCGGGCAUAUCCAUCUUUGCGGAGUCUUACAUGUUUCUUGGCAAACCAAAAGCGGAGCUGAUGGACAAUACCUAAUCAUCCUACUGUAUCGUGACUUCCUCUUGCUAGCCUCCGCCCCAAGAUUAGAUCAAGUGUACAUUGUCCAAGCCUGUAUUGGCCUCAGUGACCUCAGGAUCGAAGAGAUUGAUAAUGGCAGAGGUGUGUCCAACUCUUUCCUAGAAAAAGUAGAUGGUUUUCCCAUGGAUGAGAACAAUGAUCGCCAAAGGUUUGAAAGCCAAGUUCUCAAUAAAAUGCUAAUGACUUCAAUAGGACUGCAGUGCCACACUGUUCCCUUUUCUUGGAAGCUGGUAUUCGAAUACGACCACCAACUGUUUGAGGUCACGAUGAGUGCUUGUUCUCAAAAAGAAGAGCUCGAGUGGCGAAGCCGACUUGUGGAUCAUUCUGGAAAGGAUCCUCUUGAUUCAGGCGAACAGGCGGCGCUUGCAUCUCUGUCCCUGUCAAUCAAGUCAAUGGGGACUGUCUUUGGAAAGCCCGGCACUAUCGCUAGAAGAAUGUCGAUACACAGAGCAAUGACUGUUGGCUCGAUAUCAGGAAUGUGUCAGGUUAUUAUCAAGAACACGAACGCCUUCAAAGAGUCAGCUUCAUCGACCAACAUCAACAGGUCGCAAUCUCUGCUUGCUACUAACCGCACUCCAGUUCUCGCUCCUUCUCGUGCCGAUCGGAUGCGGCUCGAGGCGCUUCUUGCAGAUGUAUGGACCCGUGAAGUUCUUCCUUACCCAGGAAUGUCAAGUCGCGCUAGGAGUGAGCAUCUUGCCCGCACAUCUGCCAGCUCUAUGAUGCGCAAACUUAGCGUAGCGAGCAUUGCAAGCAAUUUUACGAAGAGAUCCAGCAGCGUGGCCAGCCUACAUAAGACAGCAGAAGACGAUUCCAUUAGUGAGAAUGAUGCUCUGAGGUCUUACUCUCCAACUCGACUUGACCACAUAUCUAUCAACGUUCCGAUGGACAUUGAUGACCCUGCAAGAUCACGGUUAUCGGUGAUUCCAGAUGAGAGGGAGAACGUUCUGAAGGACUCCUUUGAAACCCUUCCAGGUUUGCAGGUUGUAGCCAAUGGUAGUCCUGCUAGCUCGCUGAAUAGGCUUGCAGUGCUGAAAAUCAAGACGAGCUGGGGAAAUGAUGGGCACAGGAUUAUUACUCCGCCUCCGAGAACUUCGAGCGCGAAUAGCGUAAAUCAGACCAGAACACCGGCACCAUCACUCAUUGCAGAUUCAUCUAUUGAAGAUAAAGAAAAUACUCCCCGAGCAAAGUCGGUCUCAAUUGCGGCAGAAUCGCGAAAGCCGGAAAGGAAAGGUAAAGGGCUUGGCAGGAGUAGUCGUAUCGUGCCAGGAAGUAUUCGCAGCUUCUUUCGUUAG